UGUCUCGUUCCCAUUGGACCAACCUCUCUCCCCUUCCUCGUCGCGACCAUUUUUAAGCCCCCAACCGGAUUCCCAUUUUCCAUUUUACGAGCUUAGAUUAGAUCUUCUUCCUUGUGGACCAGAAAGGUUUGAUAAUUACUUACACAUAGCAAAGAUGUCGCCAACUGAUUCUUCACGUGAGGACAAUGUGUACAUGGCAAAGUUGGCCGAACAGGCUGAACGCUAUGAGGAAAUGGUUGAAUUUAUGGAAAAAGUUGCAAAGACCGUUGAUGUUGAGGAACUAACUGUGGAGGAAAGAAACCUCCUUUCUGUGGCCUAUAAGAAUGUGAUUGGGGCUAGGAGAGCUUCAUGGAGAAUCAUUUCUUCCAUUGAGCAGAAGGAGGAAAGCAGGGGUAAUGAGGAUCAUGUUGCAAUUAUCAAGGAAUAUAGGAGCAAGAUCGAGACCGAGCUGAGCAAGAUCUGUGAUGGUAUCUUGAAUCUUCUUGAGUCACAUCUCAUUCCAUCUGCCUCAUCUGCUGAGUCCAAUCUUCUAUUUGAGAUGAAAGGUGAUUACCACAGGUACCUUGCUGAAUUUAAGACUGGAGGCGAGAGAAAGGAAGCAGCUGAGAGCACCCUGUUGGCUUACAAGUCUGCUCAGGACAUUGCCCUUGCUGAGCUUGCUCCAACGCACCCAAUAAGGCUUGGGCUUGCACUUAACUUCUCAGUCUUUUACUAUGAAAUCCUUAACUCACCAGACCGUGCGUGCAAUCUGGCAAAACAGGCUUUCGAUGAGGCUAUUUCCGAGCUUGACACAUUGGGUGAGGAAUCAUACAAGGACAGUACUUUGAUCAUGCAACUUCUCCGAGACAAUCUGACACUCUGGACUUCUGAUAUCACGGAUGAUGCCGGGGAUGAAAUCAAGGAAGCAUCAAAGCGUGAAUCAGCUGAAGCUCAGCAGUAACAAGGCGCUGUUUCAUAGGAUUUGUAUUGUGUACCUUUAUCUUGGGACCUUUGUAAUAGAUGCCAUGUGGUUGUAGCAGAAUUUCUCUAUGAACUUGACGAUCUUGAGUGCUGCUGCACUCAAAGUUGAAAUAUUCCAGCUUAGGGUUGGAGUAUUCCAAGGGAUCGCAAAAUUGUUUUUCUUAUAAUUGGCGAGAAGAAUUUGCUUCAGUGCUUUGCGUGCUGCGCUAUAUGAUUUAGUGUUAAAAAGUAGUGGUUUCAAAUGUUUCUUUCUUCUGAUUUGCAAUGUUGCGAAGAUGUGAUGUUUU